AUGUCGCAAAGAAAAGUUGCAAUAAUUGGAGCUGGAAUCAGCGGGAUCGUGACAGCGGCACAUCUUAAAAACGCCGGUUUUAGUGUGACCGUAUUUGAAAGAGCUAAAGUAUCUGGUGGAGUGUGGGUCUAUGACGAGCGUCUUCCGCUGGAACCAACAUACCCAUCUAUUGAAGCAUCUAAAGGAGAGGAGUAUACUUAUAGCGCAGCUCAGGAGACUCCUGAUCUAGAGCUACUCCAUGCUCCUACGAGCCCAUGCUACGAAGGAUUAACAAACAAUGUAACAACACCCUUACUACGAACAACGCUCAAUGCUUGGCCGGAAGGAACCGAGGAUUUUGUAAACAACCAAGUCAUCAAAGAGUAUAUUCAAGAUACGUCAAGACAUACAGGCGUAGAAGACUUGACAAUCUAUGGAGCUUCAGUGACAACACUAGAGAAGAAAGAUUUGGAGUGGAAUUUGACUUAUCGGCUACUCAAGAAAGGUGACACCAAGGGAGAAUACAGGUUUGAAGACAAAACUCUCACUUUCGAUUUCGUUUCGAUCGCUUCCGGACAUUAUCAUGCUCCACGCGUCCCUGACAUACCUGGCCUCAGUGAAUGGAAGAAGCAAUGGCCCAAUCGUAUUUCGCAUAGCAAAGCCUAUCGAAAACCAGACGGUUUCAAAGGAAAGAAUGUACUGUUAAUAGGAGCUGGUACAUCCUCCACAGAUAUUGCUCGUGAAAUUGGUGCACACGCGAAUAAGGUAUACCAAAGCGCUCGCGAUGGACUUUUCGACCUUCCAACCAGUCUUCUACCUCCUAAUGCCUCACGAAUUGGCGAGAUAGAUUCGUUCUCGACAGCCAAUCUUAAAACCGAUGAUGGGAAGAACAAACCAAUACCUUCAACCAUCAAACUAAAGUCUGGUCAAUCCCUAUGCAACAUCGAUGCAGUAGUUGUGUGCACAGGUUACCACAUUACGCUUCCCUUCCUUCCGAACCUUCACUCCGACACAACGGAUCCAUCAGUCGCAUCCGAUACAAUCUUAGUAACAGAUGGAACUAUGAUUCACAAUCUUCACAAAGACAUAUUCUACAUCCCCGAUCCCACCCUCGCUUUCGUCGGCGUCCCCUAUUUCACCGCUACAUUUACGUUAUUCGAGUUCCAAGCGAUGGCUGUGGCUGCGGCGUUCAGCGGCAGAGCGAAAUUGCCAACACAGGAGGAGAUGAGGAGAGAAUACGUGGCACGAGUGGAGAGUAAGGGGCUUGGGAAGAAGUUCCAUAACCUCCGAGGUAAAGAUGCGGAAUAUGUGGAUGAGCUGUUGGUGUGGGUUAAUCAAGGAGAGGGCGAACGGAUUGGUGGGCAUACCGAGAUCUGGCAUAAGGCUAAAGCUGCGCAGGAGGAGCGAUUUAAAUUUCUCUUCGAAGCGUCAAAGUUGAUUGAGAGUACACCGAUCAUUUUGCCUGCGUGCUAA